AUGCUGGACACCAUCAGCAGCCAGUACGAUUCUUUCAUCUACUGGAGGAUGCCGAUCCCAGAGCUGGACGUGGCGGAGCUGGAGGGUCUGGGGCUCAGUGACGUGGCCCUCUACAAACCCAAAGGAGGGCUGGGCAAGCUCAUCGGCGAGCAGGAUCAGGCCCGUCAGGACAUCUCCCAAGAAGAGGACAGUCUGCUGCAGUUCAACACCUUUAACUUCUGGAGAGCUCCCAUUGCCAGCAUUAGCUCCUUAGAUUUCGACCUAAUUUGA